AUGAAUCCAGCCAGCUCUGACCUGAAACUUGGUAAAAAAGUUAAUGAAGGCAAAACGAAAGAAGUGUACGAGCUGCCAGAUGUCCCGGGAUGUGUUCUCAUGCAGUCAAAAGACCAAAUAACAGCGGGCAACGCAGCCAGGAAGGACCGAAUGGAAGGGAAGGCUGCCAUUUCCAAUAUAACCACUAGCUGUGUGUUUCAGUUGCUUCAAGAAGCUGGAAUCAAAACAGCUUUUGUCAGGAAACACAGUGACACAGCAUUCAUAGCAGCUCAUUGUGAGAUGAUCCCAAUUGAAUGGGUGUGCAGGAGAAUUGCUACUGGCUCCUUCCUCAAAAGAAACCCUGGUGUCAAGGAAGGAUAUAAGUUUUACCCCCCCAAAAUUGAGAUGUUUUACAAGGAUGAUGCUAAUAACGAUCCACAGUGGUCUGAGGAGCAGAUCAUUGAAGCAAAAUUCUGUUUUGCUGGACUUACUAUUGGCCAGACUGAAGUGGAUAUUAUGGCUCGUUCUACUCAAGCUAUUUUUGAGAUUCUGGAAAAAUCAUGGCAGCCCCAAAAUUGCACUCUGGUGGACCUGAAGAUUGAAUUUGGGGUUAAUAUUCUGACAAAAGAAAUUGUUCUUGCUGAUGUUAUUGAUAAUGAUUCAUGGAGAUUGUGGCCAUCAGGGGACAGAAGCCAGCAGAAGGACAAACAGUCCUACCGGGACCUGAAAGAAGUGACUCCUGAAGCACUUCAAAUGGUUAAGAAAAACUUUGAAUGGGUUGCAGAAAGAGUGGAGUUGCUUCUGAAAACAAAGAGCCAAGGAAGAGUAGUGGUGUUGAUGGGAUCUUCUUCUGACCUCACUCACUGUGAAAAAAUAAAGAAGGCAUGUGCAACCUUUGGAAUUCCUUGUGAGUUAAGAGUGACCUCUGCUCACAAAGGGCCAGAUGAAACCCUAAGGAUCAAAGCAGAAUAUGAAGGAGAUGGAAUUCCAACAGUGUUUGUUGCAGUAGCUGGCAGAAGCAACGGUUUGGGGCCAGUAAUGUCUGGCAACACUGCUUACCCAGUUGUCAACUGUCCUCCGCUCUCAGCUGACUGGGGUACUCAGGAUGUGUGGUCCUCUCUCAGACUACCUAGUGGUCUUAGCUGUCCUACCACUCUGUCACCUGAAGGAGCUGCCCAGUUUGCUGCCCAGAUAUUUGGGUUAAACAACCAUUUGGUGUGGGCCAAACUGCGAUCAAACAUAUUGAACACCUGGAUCUCCUUGAAGCAGGCUGACAAAAAACUUCGAGAGUGCAGCUUGUAAAUCAUACUAAGAAGUAAUACUUAAAAGCUACACAAAGAUAAUGGUGUGCAUAUUGAGACAUAUUAGGAUUUACAUUUGGAUGAGCUCAAAAGUCCUGCAUCCUUUUUUACAGAAGGCAUUGUUAGAGCAGCAGAUGAAGUAUGUUGUGUCCUCAUCCUUCCUUUGUGUAUUUUUUAAUAAAACAACUUAAUAAAAGAUGAGGAAGUAGUAUUUUAGAUAUCUUUCUGUUGCUCCAAAA